AGAUUACUGCAUUGAAGUUAAAUCAACGUUGGCUAAGAUGGCGUCAAGGUGGGUGUGGAUGGGAGUUGCAAUAAUUUUAGCAGAGAUGUGGCUGUGUGAUGGUUGCUUGGAGCAAGAGAGAAUUGCUCUCGUACAGCUCAAAUCUUUUUUCCAGAGUCCUCUCACUCUGCAAAACUGGGUAGACGCAGAGGAGAGCUCUGACUGUUGUCAAUGGGAAAGGGUCGAAUGCAGCAGAACAACAGGGAGAGUGACCCAACUCUCUUUGAACGAUACAAGGGCCUAUUGGAUUUCUGGGAUAUGGUCUCUUAAUGCCUCUCUGUUUCUUCCUUUUGAAGAAUUGACUAGUCUUUUCUUGAAGGGCAACUCAAUAAUGGGUUGCGUUGAGAAUGAAGGAUUUGAGAGAUUAUCGUCGAGAUUGAACAAUUUGCAGGUUCUUGACUUGAGUUACAAUUUCUUUAAUGAAAGCUUAUUGUCAUCUUUGACUGGAUUUUCAUCUCUCAAAUCUCUAAAUCUUGGAUAUAAUCAGUUUACAACACCGAUUCAACCUCAAGAGUUGCCCAAUUUUGAGAAUUUGGAAGAUUUGUACUUGGACAAGAUUACACUCAACAGUAGCUUUCUUCAAACGGUUAGAGUGAUGACUUCUCUAAAGGUUUUAUCACUGUCUGGUUGUGGACUAACUGGCUUAUUGCCAAAUGCACAAGGACUUUGUGAAUUGAAGGAUCUUCAAGUGCUGGAUGUCAGCAACAAUGAUCUCCAGGGUACCUUGCCUUGGUGUUUGGUUAAUUUGAUGUCUCUUCAACUGUUAGAUCUCUCUUCCAAUCAAUUUACUGGAAAUAUCUCCCAGUCUCCCCUUAAGAAUCUCACUUCUCUUGUGAACCUACAACUUUCAAACAACCACUUCCAAAUACCAUUCUCAUUAGGUCCAUUUUUUCACCAUUCAAACCUGAAGCACAUCAAUGGUCAAAACAAUGACAUAUAUGGGGAAACAGAGUUGGGUUCAUUCCCCAGAUUCCAGUUAAAUUCCAUUCUUCUUUCUGGUUGUGGAAAUUGUGGAACAUUUCCCAACUUCCUCUAUCAUCAACAUGACCUGCAAAGGGUUGAUCUCUCCAAUAUUACACUGAGAGGGAGUUUUCCAAACUGGUUGUUAACUAACAACACAGGGUUGAAGGCACUUUAUCUGGUAAAUAAUUCUCUUUCAGGACAUCUGGAGCUUCCAUUUCAUCCUCAUGUUAAUCUAUUGGUAUUAGAUAUUUCCAAUAAUAGCUUCCACAACCACAUUCCCCUGGAGAUUGGAUCAUAUUUCCCAAAAUUGAAUAUUCUAAAUAUGUCCAAAAAUGGUUUUGAUGGUAGCAUCCCCUCUUCUUUUGGCAAUAUCAACUCCUUGGAGAUUUUAGACUUAUCAGACAAUCAGUUAUCAGGCAUCAUACCUGAACUCUUGGCCAUUGGUUGUUUCUCAUUGAAUACCCUUAUAUUGUCAAACAACAAUUUGCAAGGUCACAUAUUCUCUGAACAUUUUAACUUGACAAACUUGUGGUGGUUGCAACUGGAGGGAAAUAACUUCAGUGGAAGCAUCCCUGAUUGCUUGUCCAAGAGCUCUUUGUCAAUUCUGGAUCUCGGUGAUAAUCAUCUCUCUGGAAGGAUCCCAGGGUGGAUAGGAAAUUUAUCAUAUUUGAAGGACUUGAUCAUGUCAAAUAAUCAUCUUGAAGGUCCAAUUCCACUGGAAUUUUGCCAACUCCAGUAUCUUGAAGUUCUUGACCUUGCAAAUAACAAUGUCUCUGGUAUUUUACCAUCUUGCUUUAGUCCUUCAUCACUAAUACACGUUCACUUGUCUGAUAAUGGUUUAGAAGGGCCUAUGACAAAUGCUCUUUCCAACAGUCGAUUCUUAAGAACGUUAGAUCUUAGCAAUAACCACAUAACUGGUAGAAUUCCAAAUUGGAUUGGUGGUCUUCCUGCAUUGUCAUUUCUUCUCCUGAAGAACAACAAUUUUGAUGGUGAGAUCCCAUAUGAUAUGUGUCAUCAAUUCUACGAAUUAAGCUUGAUGGAUCUUUCUCAUAACAACCUUUCCGGUCCCAUUCCUCCUUGUCUUCCACCUGAACCUUCGGCAGUGCCUGAUCUUCAAUUUUCUGAAUCUUCUAACAAUUGGAGCAUCUUUCAACCAGAAAGGUCUUUAAAUUUCACAACAAAGAAGCAUUCCUACUCUUACAAGGGGAAAAUUCUAUGGCUUAUGUCUGGAAUCGAUCUCUCAAGCAAUAAACUGACAGGCAAAAUUCCUUCUGAACUUGGAUAUUUGAAUAUGACCCGUGCACUAAAUCUCUCUCACAAUGGCUUCACAGGUCCAAUCCCUUCAACAUUUUCAAACCUAGAGCAAAUUGAGAGCUUAGACCUUUCCUACAACAACUUGAAUGGGAAAAUCCCUUUUCAGCUUCUUGAGCUAAACUUUUUGUCCUUUUUUCGCGUUGCAUACAACAACUUAUCUGGCAUGACACCUGAAAGAAGUAAACAAUUUGCAACAUUUGAUGCAAAUAGCUAUGAGGGAAAUCCUUACCUUUGUGGAUUGCCAUUGCCAAAAAAUUGCAGUUCAGCAUCUGAAUCAUCAUCUCUGCCUAGAGUUUCAGCAAUGGAUGAAGAAAAUGGUUUUCUUGACAUGUACAUAUUCUAUGUGAGUUUCAUAGUUUCUUACACCUUUGUGCUACUGGGAAUCUUCUUAGUUCUGUACAUAAACCCUCAAUGGCGACGUGCAUGGUUUUGUCUAAUUGAAGUGUGCAUUAGCUCUUGCAUGCCUAAGCUAUUCUAUCAUAGAAAUAAAUAGCUGCCACCUUCUUCUUGGAAAAUGAAGAGAUUAAUGUAUUUUGUAUUAUUCAUCUUCUCAACACUGAUGAAGUCUAGCAAUGUUGUAUCAUAUUCGCUUCAUGUGAGCAUCCCAUAUAUUCAAUAGAAAAUAGUAGUGGCUGCAUGAUUAAUUCAA